UGCACAGUGACAGGGCUGGGUAGGUGGGUACGGUGCCACCCCUGGCCCUCCCUGUAGCCCAGUGCCCGCGUGCGAUGCCAGCAGCAGCUGUUAUAGUCCAGCCGCACACUCUGCAUUUUGGCACCAAAGCUCAACUGUACCGCUGAAUAUUCUGAAUCCUGGCUGAGGACUCAGUACACAGAUUGCCGUAGGCAUUUGCAGGUAAGGCGACUUCUGAGGACCGAAGAGUUUGAUGACACAGACCACUGAAUUCCUUUGUUUGGAGUCCACGUUAUGAACCCUUUCUGGAGUAUGUCUGCAAGCUCUGUCCGCAAACGAUCAGACGGUGAAGAGAAGGCAUUAACAGGGGACGUGGUAACCAGCCCUCCACGCACCGCUCCAAAGAAACAGCUACCUUGUAUUCCCAAAAACGCUUUGCCCAUCACUAAGCCUACAUCCCCCGCACCAGCAGCACAGUCCACAAAUGGCACCCAUGCUUCUUACGGACCCUUCUACCUGGAAUACUCUCUUCUUGCAGAAUUCACCUUGGUUGUGAAACAGAAGCUGCCGGGGGUCUACGUACAGCCGUCCUACCGCUCCGCGUUAAUGUGGUUUGGAGUAAUAUUCAUACGGCAUGGACUGUAUCAGGACGGUGUAUUUAAGUUUACAGUCUACAUCCCUGAUAACUACCCAGACGGUGACUGCCCCCGCUUGGUGUUCGACAUUCCCGUCUUUCACCCGCUGGUCGAGCCCACCUCAGGUGAACUGGAUGUGAAGAGAGCGUUUGCAAAAUGGAGGCGGAACCAUAAUCAUAUUUGGCAAGUUUUAAUGUAUGCACGGAGAGUUUUCUACAAGAUCGAUACAGCAAGCCCCCUGAACCCAGAGGCUGCAGUACUGUAUGAAAAGGACGUUCAGCUUUUCAAAAGUAAAGUGGUUGACAGUGUUAAGAUGUGCACUGCCCGUCUGUUCGACCAGCCUAAAAUAGAAGACCCCUACGCAAUCAGCUUUUCUCCGUGGAAUCCUUCUGUACACGAUGAGGCCAGAGAGAAGAUGCUGACUCAGAAGAAGAAGCCUGAAGAACAGCACAACAAAAGUGUUCACGUUGCGGGCCUGUCAUGGGUAAAGCCUGGUUCGGUGCAACCUUUCAGUAAAGAAGAGAAGACGGUAGCCACUUAAGCGCUGGUGAAUCUGGUGCCCCGUGCGCUUUCCUGCCGGACGCGGGCCUGCUGAGGGCUGAGCGGUGGCAGAGGGCCGCCGGAAGAGUAAAACUGUGCGAGCAGGGACUGCUGUCCGUGUGUCCGUGGAUGCUUAGGUUCUAACAGCACGUUUUGGAAACCUCUCUCUAAGUAAUGCGUUACUUCUGUCAGAAGUGUCUUUAGGGUAGGUCAGUACUCCAAAUUCUUGGGGACCUCGAGGCUGAAGUAUUUUCUGAAUAUAAUGCUACAGGUAAGUCACAUUCAUUUACGCGAAUAGAGUAGACAGUUGGGCGCACCGUCCGGUGACGUCACCCCCGUGCUUUCAGUUGUCCGUAAGUUAGGACGCGGGAGGGGAGGGGGAGAGCGAGCAGGUUCCGGAGCUCAUUCGCACUUGUAAGGAAGUGGGAGACCGGAGCCUCCGUGUUCAGCCUGCUGUCCACCGAUGUCCCAGCCCCCGGCUGCAGCGAGGCAUGUGUUAGGUGAGGGGGAAGAAAGCAGAAUGCUGGCUCGUGGUGAUCCGCUUGGUUUUUUUUAAACAAAUUACUUACUGUAUUUUUAUGGCAGGAGGGAGAAAAAGUGUUAAAACGGUUUCUAAUGAAGUCAGGUAUUUAAGUGGUGAAUGACUAAUGUGUUUUGUAGAAACAAAAUAAACCAAUAAAUGAUGGUUCUUUGUCAUUUAUGCAGGACACUAGCUACCCCUUUCUCCAUGUAACUAAACAAAGAUUAAUUUAUAAA